AUGUUAUCUCAGAUGACCCAUACACACUAUGUUCACGCAGAAAGUAGAUUGUUGAAGGAUGUGAGAUAUAAAUACUUGUUCGUAGUGUUUCGUUGCACGUUUGGUCGUAAACGUAAAUCAGAAGGUCUGAAUGUGAUUAAAAAACCGUCUAAAUUUUUAAAUUGCCAAUCGAUGUUUCGCGUAAGAUUGGAGGGUCAACAAUACGUUAUAAAAUCUUACAACAUGACUCACAACCAUCCGUGUACUAGUUCGUGGAUGGUUUGUGAUCCGUUGAGUAGACGAUUGUCAUCAGAAGAAAAAGAAAACUUGAAACCAGUUAUAUUGCACUGUCAGUCGACGGACGAAGUUAUCGAAAGUAUUAAGGGAAGAACAGGUAAGCAGGUGACCGCUGCUGAUGUGAAAAAUAUGAAAGCUGAACUCUCCACUGGUAAGUGUAUAUAA